AUGGCCGGCCCCGGCCCAGCGUUGUCCCCGACGCCCGAGGAGGAGGUCAAGCUCUACACGAUUCAUAUUUCCAGCAAGUAUCUCAAUCUAACCAGGCAAAAACUCGAGCUCACGCGCCUUCCGCAUGACGUGCCUCAGCCCGACAAGACUUCGUGGUGGGAACCCAAAUCAACCAUUGAGCCUUUGGUCGACUACUGGUUGGAACAAUAUUCAUGGCGCGAUCAAGAAGCCCAAUUGAACGCCAGUGUUCCUCAGUUCCGCACAGCCAUUCGAACGGAUGGCGCCGAAGCUCCGGUGCGAGUACACUUCAUCCAUUCGCGAUCGACACAAGCCGAUGCUGUACCGUUGCUCUUGAUACCCCCGUUCCCGUUUACAAACCUUUCCAUGACGCACCUAAUCCGCCCUUUCACGGCGCCGGAUGACGCAGCCAAUGGUACUUCUUUCCACCUAGUCAUCCCGUCCUUGCCCGGGUUGGGAUUCAGCGACGCCAUCAGCAGCAAUCAGCGCAUGGUUCCGCUCAUCUGCGAAAUGUUGGAUGCCUUGAUGAAGCGACUGGGCUACCGAAUCUACCUGGCCACCAACACGAUUUCCUCUCCCAAUUCUGUCGCGGACAUUGAUUUCAGAAUCAUCAACCACAUUGCUUAUGCGUAUCCCGACUCGUGCGUUGGUGCUCAUCUGCUAUCACCGCCGUGUCAGGCGCCAACUUGGCAAGCAGCCCCGCUGGAAUGGGUCAAGUGGAAAAUGAUGACGAGCCUGCGGACGCCGGGCUUGGGAUACACGCGAGACGACAUUGCCGCUCUUCGAAAGCACAGGCCGCCCAGACAAGGCAAGCAAAGGGGGCUCUCUCUCGUCCCGGGCCUGGAUAGCAAGGCAUUCGAAUCGAAUAUGCUUGCCUAUGCACUGUGUGACUCGCCGACAGGCCUGCUGCUGUUCGUCAUCAUGGUUUUGCGGCUGUUGGGGCCGAAGCACGACUUCUCCAGCGGAGACAUCAUCCAGCUUGCCGAACUUACGUGGCUUCCAGGGCCGGAAGGGACCAUGAGACUAUGGGCGCAUUGCUCGUCGGAACGGGACGAGCUGCCGCGCCCAUCGCGGAAGCCCAAGGUCGGCAUCACUGCGUUUUCGGGAUCCACGGAUGGUGAGACGGGUACGCAGCAGCAGACAUGUUCAGCUGCGUCCAGUCCAGACGUGCACACGUGCUUGGCUUGGGCGAAGACGACAUACAAUGUCGUGUCGUGGCAAAAAGCGCCUGGUAGUUCUGGAUUACUAGCGUGGGAGAGACCGGAGGUCCUGGUCGCCGGCGUGAGAGCGUUGGCCAAAGUGGUUUUCCCCAAAGAUGACAGCAGAAGACAGGCUGCCAAAGAGGCUGCCAAGAAGCCCCGCAUAACUUCGUUGGAGAGAGUCGUCCUCGGGGAGAACGAAUCAGCCCGAGCUGAAGGGUCGGGCACCACCAUACGAGGCGAUGCACCGCCGACGCUCGCGUCAGACGACGAUGUUGAGAGGGCGCAAACAAAGCAGGGUACAUCAACGGACGCGAAGGGAGCGAAACGCCCACCAACGCCCUUGUUUCCCCUCGCUUGGGGCCAACGUAGCGAAGCGGUUCGGGAAAGCAGACAUGCGAGCCGGAGUUCUAGUGGCGGGAGUCCGACGACGAUGAAGCCGCUCACGAGUGGUUAA